AUGGGUCUAUUCCUUGGCUGCUACCGGGCGGUCUUCGACUACCAGGCCCAGAGCGACGAGGAGCUUGAAAUUAAGGAGGGCGACCUUCUACUCGUUCUGGAGAAGAGCACAGAGGAUGAUUGGUGGAGAUGCAAGAAGAAGGCGACAUCUGAUGAUGACGAAGAGCCUGAGGGCCUGGUGCCAAACAACUACAUUGAAGAGGUGCAUCCUAUCUACCAGGCCAAGGCUUUAUAUGACUACACCAAGCAGACAGAUGAGGAAUUGAGCUUCAAGGAGGACGCUCGGCUGGAUGUUUACGAUGUUAGCGACCCAGAUUGGACACUGGUGGGCGCUCACGGCGAGUAUGGCUUCGCCCCUGCAAUAUACAUUGAGCGUCUAGAUUCUGCUGCGGCGGCACCGCCGACUCGCAACCUGGCACCAGCACCUCCACCCAUGCCCGCGAGGCCACCAGCUGCUGAUGAUGGACCGAUCCCUGGUGAGGCCGAUUAUCCUGAUCCGGGCACCCGUCCAACGCCGUCUCCCGAUCCGCCUGCCAACAAUCCUGCUGCACAAUUAGCAGGAAUCAUUGCGCAAAGGACUGGGGGCACACAACCGUCACCGAGCACAGAGCGCGGACUCGCUUCGCCUCCACUGCCCCAGAGACCGCAAUACACACCCGAAGAGAGCGACGAGGAGGCAGCACCUUCUCUUCCACAACGACCACCCUCGCAGAGUUACCCUGUUUCACCGCCGUCCCGGCCACAAGUCCAAUUCGCUUCGCCUCGGGAUACAGAGCCACCAGGAGUCUUACCUUCACCUCCACACAACCGAGUAAUCUCGACAUCGUAUGAGGAUGAAUAUGGAGAAGAAGCUCAACGUUCGCCUGGUGGCUUCCACCUUUACAACAUCCACGAGAUGGUCUCACACAUGGGCAAAAACAAGAAAAUGCCGACAACAUUGGGCAUCAACAUUGCCAAAGGAAUUGUCAUGAUCAGUCCUGAGAAGAGCAGAGACGGCCCGAGCAAGGAAUGGACCGCCGACAAGCUUACCCAUUACAGUAUUGAAGGCAAGCACGUGUUUGUGGAGCUCGUGCGGCCCAGCAAGAGCAUAGACUUCCACGCCGGAGCAAAAGAUACUGCGCAGGAGAUCGUCGCGGCUCUGGGUGAGCUCGCCGGCGCUGCAAGAGGAGAAGGUCUGCGGGAGGUCCUAGCUGCAAGCGCGGGCACUGGGGCUGCUGGCAAAAAGCUGGGUCAAAUGUUGUAUGAAUUCAUGGCACAGGGCGCCGACGAGGUCACCGUAGCUGUCGGCGAUCAGGUCAUCGUUCUUGACGACACUAAGAGUGAAGAGUGGUGGAUGGUGCGCCGAUUGAAGAAUGGGAAAGAAGGCGUGGUUCCAUCGUCCUAUGUCGAAAUCACUGGCGUUGUACCCUCCACCUCAGACAGCAUUUCCGGAUUGACUGCGGCGCGAAGUACGGUGGAGCAAAACAGACUGGAAGAGGAGCGUCUCGCUAAAGAGGCGUCUAAAAGAGACAAAAAGCGCGAUGGAGAGGUCGUACCUCCAGAGCGUCGCAGCAGUCUUGCAGGCGACACGAGACGCACAUCGAUGCGUGGUUCUGAUAAGCGUGGCUCAAAAGAGCAGCCCAAGAGUAAGCCGAACUCAUCAAGAAUAAGGACAUGGACAGAUCGAUCAGGAAGCUUCAAAGUGGAGGCAGAAUUUAUUGGACUUCGAGAGGGCAAGAUUCAUCUUCACAAGUUGAAUGGUGUCAAAAUCGCAGUGCCUGUGGCUAAAAUGGCGGUCGAAGACCUGGAGUAUGUGGAGCGCGCGACAGGGGCGAGCUUGGAUGAGGACAAGCCUUUGUCGGACAUCAAGCGACGCAACACGCAACGACAGAAAGACGGUGAUCGCCAAAAUGGUACACGAGGUGCCGGAGCUGGAGCGAGCGUGCAGAAGAAAGACGAGUACGACUGGUUCGAUUUCUUCUUGCAGUGCGGUGUCAAUCCUCAGAUUUGUGAGCGUUAUGCUGGCGCUUUUUCAAGAGACCAGAUGAGCCCAGAAAUCCUGCCUGAGGUCAACGAGCAACUACUACGAACGCUUGGACUCAAGGAAGGUGACAUUCUACGGGUGAUGAAGUUCCUUGACAACAAAUACGACCGUACACGGGACGUUGCCUCACCGAGCGGACAGGAUGCAAAUGGAGCUGAGGGAGGUUUGUUCUCUGGGCCUGGCGGUGCGCUCAGAAACAAUACUCGAAAGGGGAGACCAGCGCCAGCGGUUCAGACGAACGAUGUUGUGGAUGAAAGCGCGUUCAAGCCAAAGACGGAGAGUCCAGCGACCAAUGAGCCACCAACAGACGCAAAAGCAACACCGCUCACGUCUGCUCCAGCACGGCAACCUACCGGUGGUUUCGAUGAUGAUGCCUGGGACGUCAAGCCAGCAAGAUCGCAGACUCCAACUGCCACAGCCAGUUCUACACCUGCGCCAGCCCCUGCGCCAGCUCCUGCACCAGUGAUUGAACCGCCCAAGCCAAAGCUCAACGAUGACCUCGUUUCGCUUACGAUCUCUAACCCGCCCUUACAGCCCACGCCCGCUCCAGCACCAGCUCCCGCACCAGUUGCGGCGCCCGCUCAACCUGCCCAACCACAGCAACCACAGCAACCAGCUGGUGCAAACCAGGCUAUCUUCGACAAGAUUGCUGCCCUCGCGCCUGCUAAUCGCCCACCUCAACAACAGCCGAUGCAGACUGGAUAUCAACAGCCGCCCAUGCCCCCUAUGCAGACUGGCUUUCAGCAGCAGCCCCCCAUGCAACAGCAGCAGACUGGCUUCCAGCAGCAGCAGCCCAUGCAACCGCAGCAGACGGCGAUGCCACGACAAAGACCGGCACCACCGCCUCAGCAAGCGACUGGCAGUUCGCUUAAUAUGCCUCCGCCUCCGCGGGCUUCCUCUGCUCCAGGAUUCCCUCAACAGUCUUCUUUUGGGCCUUCACCUUUGCAGCCUCAAUUGACUGGGUAUCCCCCUCAAAUGCCGCCGCCACAGCAACAAUUCCAGCCGAUGCAGCCGCAGCAAACAUCGUAUCAGUCCCCCACAGGAUAUGGCCCAGGCUUCCAACAAUCAAACGGAAUGCCACCGCAGCAGAAUGGCAUCCCAGCGAUGCAGCAGAACUACCCUGCCUUGCAACCACAGCCAACGGGUUUCCAGCCUCAAUCACAAUUCGGUCAGCAGCAAGCACAGCAGCUGGGUAUGGGUCAACCGACCUACCAGCAGCAAAUCAUGAACGGUCAACAGAGCGGCUCGCCUUUUGCAGAUCCGCCAAGGCAGCAAUUCCAGCCCAUCCCUUCUGGUUUGUCGAACUCGUUUACUCCGCAACAGACUGGCUUCCAGCCGGCCUUCAGCAUAUCGCAACCGACCGGCAUCAAUGGGUUCGGAGCACAGCCGACGCAACCAGCGCCUCAGUUACCACCUCAGCAGACUGGAGGUGUGUUUGGCCCGUCCCAGCCUGUCGCGCCUCAGCAGACUGCUGCGCCCUUGGUGGCUCAGAAGACAGGACCGCCACCGCCCGUACGAUUUGGCGUGCAGCCCGGAGCAAAGCCGCUAGUACCACAGCCGACUGGCAGAGCCAAUCUGUCCAAAGCAACUCCUCAGAAUCCAUUCGGCUUCUAG